GGGUCGGGUAAAAAAACUGUCCGACCACAAUAUUUCCAGUGGUGGCUAGAGCCAGCAAGACCUUGCCCUCCCAUGGCUGUAACCCAAUUUCGUACUUCUCUUUUUUCUUUAUUCUUCCCUUCAUUAACCCAACGAAUCACCAUAUCUCCACUUCUCUCCAAUCUUCUAUAUUCAUCUUCAACCUAAUUUUGCACAUCGAACAACUGUUUGUUAUCCUCUGUACAGUCAAAUCACAGAUUACGAAUGAAUAAUAGUAAUCAAAAGAAGAGGAAUUUUCAGAUAGAAGCUUUCAAGCACAAGGUUGUGGUGGAUCCCAAAUAUGCUGAUAAGACAUGGAGGUUGCUGGAGCAUGCGAUUGAUGAGAUUUAUAAUCAGAAUGCCAGUGGACUCAGUUUUGAAGAGCUUUAUAGAUGCGCAUACAAUAUGGUAUUGCACAAAUACGGCGAAAAACUAUACACCGGACUCGUAUCCACCAUGACUUCACACCUAGUAACAAUGUCCCGAUGUAUCGAAAACGCUCACGGAGAAACGUUUCUAGACGAACUUAACAACAAAUGGACCGAUCACAACAAAGCGCUACAAAUGAUCCGUGACAUAUUAAUGUACAUGGACCGGAGUUACGUUCCCGGUAGCCAUAAGACCCCUGUUCACGCGCUCGGCCUGAAUCUAUGGCGGGACAACGUUAUCCAUCUCACCGGAAUACAAACCCGACUUCAAAACUCCCUUCUUCAACUAAUACAUAAAGAGCGAACGGGUCACGUUAUCAACCAUGGGAUGAUGAGAAACAUUAUCAAAAUGUUAUCGGAUCUCGGACCAUCCGUGUACCAAGUUGACUUCGAGCGACCGUUUCUAGAAGCUUCCGGUGACUUCUAUAGGAUCGAGUCUCGUGAGUUUAUUGAGAUUUGUGACUGCGGGGAUUAUUUACAGAAAGCGGAAAGACGUUUAAAUGAAGAAAUAGAUAGAGUGGAACGUUAUUUGAGUCCGAGAAGUGAAGUCAAGAUAACUAAUGUUGUCGAAAAAGAAAUGAUCGCGAAUCACAUGACGCGAUUGGUCCACAUGGAGGAUUCGGGGUUGGUUAAUAUGAUUGUCGAUGAUAAAUACGAAGAUUUGAAACGAAUGUAUAAGUUGUUUCAACGCGUUCCGAACGGUCUGUCGACGAUACGUGAAGUUAUGACGUCUCAUUCACGGGAAACCGGGAUGCAGCUCGUUACCGACCCGGAAAAGUUAAAAGAUCCGGUCGAUUUUGUACAGUGUCUUUUAAACAAAAAGGAUAAGUACGACAAGAUCAUUAGUUCGGCAUUCAACAACGACAAAAGUUUCGUAAACGCUUUAAAUUCCUCGUUUGAAUUCUUCAUCAACCGCAGCGCUCGGUCUCCUGAAUUCAUCUCGUUAUUUGUCGAUGAUAAAUUGAGAAAAGGGCUUAAGGGGGUUGGUGAGGAGGAUGUGGAGGUGGUUCUCGAUAAGGUGAUGAUGAUGUUUCGUUACUUGCACGAGAAAGACGUUUUCGAAAAAUACUACAAGCAGCAUUUGGCGAAACGGCUUUUAUCGGGAAAAGACGUUUCCGAUGAUGCGGAACGAAGCUUAGUUCUUAAGCUUAAAACCGAGUGCGGGUACCAAUUCACGUCGAAGCUCGAGGGCAUGUUUACCGACAUGAAAACGUCUCAGGACACGAACGACGGGUUUUACGCGAACCAUGGUGCGGACUUAGGGGACGGUCCGAGUUUAGCGGUUCAAGUUUUGACCACCGGUUCAUGGCCGACUCAGCCGAUUGCGACAUGCAACUUGCCGACCGAACUCACGUCUUUAUGUGACAAAUUCAGAUCGUAUUAUCUCGGGACUCACUCGGGUCGAAGGCUAUCGUGGCAAACAAACAUGGGAACCGCGGAUAUUAAAGCGAAUUUCGGGACGGGUCAAAAACACGAGUUGACCGUUUCCACUUACCAGAUGUGUGUCUUGAUGUUGUUUAACAACAAUGAUCAGCUCACGUACAAAGAACUCGAGCAGGCUACCGAGAUACCUACGCUGGACUUGAAACGGUGCUUGCAAUCGAUGGCUUGUGUGAAGGGUAAGAACGUUUUAAAAAAAGAACCGAUGAGUAAAGACGUUGGAGAAGAUGACGUGUUUUCAGUUAACGAGAAGUUCACAAGCAAGUUCUAUAAGGUUAGAAUAGGGACCGUGGUUGCACAGAAGGAGACCGAACCCGAGAAACACGAGACCCGACAACGGGUGGAGGAGGAUCGGAAGCCGCAAAUAGAGGCUGCGAUUGUGAGAAUAAUGAAAGCGAGAAGGGUGUUGGACCAUAAUAAUGUGAUCGCGGAGGUUAUUAAACAGUUGCAGUCUCGGUUUUUAGCUAAUCCUAGUGAGAUCAAGAAACGGAUUGAGUCGCUUAUUGAGCGGGAUUUCUUGGAGCGGGAUGGUUCGGAUAGAAAGUUGUAUCAAUAUCUUGCUUAAAGUUGAAAUUGUUGUACCUUCUGUUGCUAGUAUGAAUGUAUGAUGUAUUUGGUGCGUUUCUGCUA